AUGUCUUUCUACGACAACAACGAGGGCUCGUGGACGGGCCCUGGUCGCCAGCCAUCAUGGGAGCAGCCGCCGCCUCCCUCGCGCUCCGGCACUGGAUCGUCCGUGUCUCAGCCAUCCGACCCACACGCUUUUGCAUCGCAGUUUGAAGAGAUCGACCGCGCGACCGACAACUUGAUGAAGAGUGGCAAAUGGCUCCCUGGGCCCGUGCCGGGAGGUCAAAACAUGGCGGGUGCGUCUGGACGAAGGGAUAGCAUGCCAGCCGUGGGGCGAGGUCCUGACUAUGGCGCAGAUCCGCGAAUGCUCGGUGGUCCAUCGCGACACCAGUCAAUCAGCGAAUAUGAGGGAGGUCGUCCAGGGUCUGCUGGCUUGCAGGGCUACUAUGCCGGCCAGCGGUUUCCAGGAGGCCGACAAAGUGAAGCCGAGCAGAUGCUCCAGGCCAAGCGCAGGAUGGCCGCUCAGCGUGAGCGCGAGCUGCGAAACUACCACCAAGAGCAGCAGUACAACCGAAGCGUCAAAAGCGAUCGAUCAAUGAGCCCCACGACGAUGAGCGAGGACGACCGACGCGAAUUAAUCGCUCGCCAACACCGCGCGCUCUACGGUGACAAUGCCAACAUGUACGCGGAUGGUGGUGCACGCGCGCCGAGCCAGGACGUCCGAGUUUCAAGCGCUGGUCGUGGCCCAUCGCCCCUGGCCUUUGAUCCUUUCGGUCAAGCUCAGGCUGGCGCAGAAGGUGCAGUUCAGAUGCCACCGCGCGAUCGCGCUGAAAGUACUGCGUCUCCGAUCUCUAACCCGCCGGCUCAACAGGCUUUCGGGCUACUGAAUGAGGCUCAGCAGAGCAGCCGCACGUCGAAUUCAUCACCAGGCGCUUCGCCACCACUCAGCGGAGGACAGAAGGGUAAUGUGUCUGGUGUUGCGCCGAUUGGGACUCGACCCGCGCAGGGCCCUGGUGUGCCUGGUGCAUUGAACAAACGCUCGACCACACCACUUACUCCCUCGUCGCUCAGUUACGGCUUCAACGCCAGCGACGGCCAGAACAUCAACAAGGACGAGCGCUCAACCUCAGCAUCAUCCAACCCUCCAAUCGCGGCGGACAAAAACGUCUCUGGCCUUGGAAACUGGGGGAGCAACAGUGGCGUGUGGGGAUCGGGCAAAAGCACUCUCGCCGUCCAGCCUUCUGUCUGGGGCUAG